AUGGCGCGGUGCAGCCUGCGCGAUGACGGUGCGGAAGUGAGGGAGCACGGGUGUGUGCGGGGCGGUCCACCGCCACCACCAAAACCGUUACCAGAAGUAGCAGUGGCAGAAACAGCAGUGGCGGCGGCGACGGAUGUGCGGGUGAAGGAGCGGAAGGUGCAGCUGCUGUCGGUGGGGAGCGGCGCGGCACAGCGGCCGAGCCAGAAUUCGGAGCCGGUGGGGAGGUUGUCCACGUCCCUGUCGCUGUGCCGAACGCCGCCACUACCGCCGCCACCGCCGCCGCUCGUUGCGGGCAGCAAGAGCGGGCCGCAGUAUAGCAGUGCCAAUGGUCUAUUCAGCAGAAGCUACAGCAACACUGAAUGCACAAAGGCACAGAGAUCACAUCGCGACCACAUCGCAAGCGCUUUAUUCGCAAAAGAAAAGACUACCGAAACUGCAGGCGCUCAUUGCUCUCUCUCCGGAUCCCGACAGCAGAAGCCCGACGAUGAAGUUGAAGAUAUGCAGCGUGUGGUGGGUGCGUAUAACGGCAAGCAGAUGGAAUCGCAGUUGCCCCUGUCGCUGGACACGAUCACGCGAGCGGCGCCUCCCAUCUUGUCAUUUCCACGCUUUUCGUAUAGCGAGUCAUCGCUGCUGCUGUUUCCCGGCAACCACAGGCGGCUCAGCAACGUCUCUGUGGACCUCAGCAGGCGGGACAGCGGCAACCCAAAUCAUAGCGACCACUCCGCUGACGAAUGCUCUUACCGACACGGCGGCCGCUCGCUGCGCAGUGACGGUCAACCCAGCAUCAAUGACAGCCGCAUAGUGCGGCCAGGCACGUGUUGUACACUGUCCUCCAAUCACAGGCACCGAGAGGUGCAGCUUCUGACGUCGCAGCAGGAGACGCCCGACCGCAAGCCUAAGUGGCCCGAACCUGCCCCGGAGGAGGCGCUGCGCGAUGCAGGGGGGAGGUUGGACGGCAUCAACACGGAGAUGAAGCCGCGCCGCAACACCGCAGAUGCCGUACGUGUACACAGAAGUAGCACCAGUCACAAAAGCCAGGUGCAGACGUCACUGUGGCAGUGUAGAGACAAGAAGGGCGAGGAGCAGGGGGAGAGAAGGAAAGGCAACAAUAUCGGUUGUGUGCGCAGCGUGCCGAAGCGUGGUGAGGGCCAUAGCGGCAAGAUGAGCAAAAAGGCGGGGGUGCCAAUGGUGAUGGUGGCGCCCCUCAUGUCACUAUCGCCGACUGAGCAGCAGAUGCCGCAGUCAAAGUGCGGUGUCUAUAAUAAAAGCGAUAAAAACAACAGAAACACCAAAAAUAAUGUUGCCCUUGGCCGCGUCGUGGGUAGGCUGAAGUUUGACCCGAGCGGGGAUUCCUCCACGGACAUGCUCUUCUGUUCCUCCGUGUCGUCCAUGGGGGCUGUAGCAUUCGCGAGUGGAGUCCUCGAUGGGCCGCAAGGUAGACCGUCAUUGCGUUCGCCACGCACGCGGUCGUCGUCAUGCAACGUUGGCGGCGAGCGGUCAUGCCCCCACACCAUCGAGCGAAGCUUGAGUCUCAGCUACAUCUGCCUGCCAAACACCUGCCUCGACACUAGCCUCAGCAUUAGCUCUAGCAGUCAGCGAAGCGCAUCGAGUGUGACGAGGAAGGCAGGAUCAGUGGUACGGCCACAGACACCACUCACCAACGCCGGUAUGCCACAGGAUGUAUUAAUGGACGCGCUCUUUCACGUCGUUGAUGUGCCGGUGGAGAUGCGGCUGCGCCCCGAGCAGCUGAUGGAUGCGGCGAGGGUCUCGCUGCCGCUGCCGGAGCCGGCGGUGUUGGUAAGCAGCCCGCUGAACUUCACGAUCCAGUCGGAUGCAAUGCAGUCCCCAAACAUGCAUGGCGCUCUCCGUGAGAAGGAUCUUGGCGGAGACAGCGACACCAACAACGACAUGAAAGGCAGAAACUUCGGCGACAGCCACUGCAAAGGCAUCGACGAUUACACUGAAGAGGGCUUCGGCGGGGGCGGGCACCUGCGCUUUGGCAUUCCCUACCACUUCAACGAGCGGCCCUGGGGUAGCCUUGGUGCCGCCGCAGCCGCCCCCUCGACGUCCUCCGCUGCCCUCUGCGAAGUGAUGUCGUCGCUGCGGCGCUCUUCCAGCCCCCUGCCGAGCUGGAUGCACCGGCGCGAAUACAGCCGUCUCCGCGACGUUGGCUUUAUGCUGACGCCGCGCCGCCACGAUCGUGCCCGUCGCCUUCCGCACAAAGAGGAAGGGGGGCUGCUGGAGGUGUGCGACUGCGUGUGGUCGCCGCACCCCGCCGACGCCCUGACGUGCUCAAGCGGGGCGGUAGAGAUGUUGUUGCGCAGCGGCCGUGCGACGCCGUGGGAUGCGCACAGCUGCAGUGAAACAUUGAUGAGCACCAGCUGUCUGCGGCGGCAGGUGUCGGGUGCGCCGCUUUUGGUUGGUCACUGUACCUUUGAGAUGCCGACCUUUGGGAGCUGCUCGGUGUCCAAGACGUGA